UGCGAUUGCAGUGGUGCUUAAGUACCUUGGACAGAGCCAGGCGGCGCACACACGCUCCUGCAAGCGGACUGAACUUCACCGGAGCGCUUUCUCUUUUCAAACAAUAUCCAACCGCAAAAAGCAGCCACUCCUCUCUUACAGGUCUGAAGUGCAAGUUCCCUCUAACCCUUCGACUCUACUUGGACCUACUUGUUCGGACAGCCUUUCUUUUCCAGCCGGGCAUGAAGCAGUAGAGCCCGCGUCGCCCUUGGCGCACCUACAGGCGGACUACUCUCUCACCCUCUGUCCGCCUCCUGCCGCCUCCUCCUGCUGGAGCUGGAGAGAUGCCCGGGGCAGGAUGUGCUCCAGCCGCAAGAUCCUGUGGAGCCUGCUCCUGCUGUCUUUGGUGGAGGUGGGCCUGGGUGUGGCGAGCAUCGUCCUGGGAGCCGUGGGCAUCAGCUGGGUCCGGGGCAAGCACAAACCGCAGCAGGGCGACGCGUCUCCGGUCUGGAGCGGACUCUGUUUUCUGGUCUGUGGGAUGUGUGGAGUGCUGUGUGCUCGAAAGAGGACAGGUCUCAUUAUGAUCCUGUUUUCAGCGUGCUGCAUCUGCGGUCUGAUUGGUGGGAUCCUCAACUUCCAGUUUGUUCGGGCGCUGAACAAACAACCGGACAACCCGAUGCACUCGAUCCACCUGGCUGCCAUGACUCUGGCAUGUCUGGGGAUCUCAUCAUGUACCUUAUCCACCUGGCUGACCUGUCGCCUGGCCAGCUCUGAGCAGCAGAGGAUGUUCCUGGAGAGGGAGCACUCGCUGCACCACUCACACGAAAUGACCGAGAAGGAGAUCCUAGACAACUCCAGUAAUGGCAUUCCUCAGAUCUCCUACAAUGGACACACUACAGCAUCACCAUGAUGACGUACCACCAAAGGCAAAUUGCACACACAGAAACAGAAACAGCGUCAAUGACUCAGCUGCUAUCGACAGACAAAUGUAGCAUGUACUUUCGUCUACAUAUCCUGAGACUUACACAGUAUCUAUUUUCUGAGCAUGAAGAGAGAAUCCAAGUCUCUCACCUUGAAAGCCCUUUGUCCGCCACUGGGGAAGGAAAGACACUUCCUGAAUAAUUAUGCAAACAUGGGUUCAAACCCCCUCUGUUCCACUCAAACCAAAGCCAGGCCGGAGGGCUGCCGUUUGGGUGACAAUUCAGGUGACAAACAUCUGCGUGACAUCAUCUGACCUUUAAGCUAAUGAGCAGGAAGGAUAGAUUUUAUCCAAUCAGAUGCCUCAAAGUGAUGAGCACAAACCAAGCAUGCAGCUGAUUCACUUGUUUUGAAGAGCUACUGCUAUUUCAGUCUCAAAGUCCUUAUUCUCUCUUUCUGUCUUGCUAUGGGUUUAUGGAAUGCAAAUGCUGAGAUAGACUACAGUAAAUUGUAUGUAUCAUCUGAUAAUGGAAUGCUUUGACAUGAAAAUACAGUGAUGCCCAAUGUACAGUACUGUAUAUCCAUGCUUGUAUAUCAGGAAUCUAGUCGUAUCUAUAAAUGGGACAUAUUUUUAUAAAUGCUUCUUAUAAAAAGUGAGUUCAAAUAAAGUAUGACA